AUGUCAAUAGGUAAGCCAACGCUCCCCUCAUUCAACACAACACUACCGAGUGGUAUUGGCUUGUCUUCAAAGCAGAAUGAAACCCAACACCACUACCUCGAGAUCAAUACUAUUGAAAUGUACACGACUGAGGAGUACGACAAAUAUUUACAACACAAAGAAUGGACCCGCGCGACAACAGACUCAAUGAUGGAAUAUGUCAAACAAUACGGAAUGUGUUGGGAAGUUGUUCACGAUCGACUUGUGGUAUACAACGAAUUCAGAUUAUCGGUAGACGCUGUUAUUGAGAGGUAUCUCCAAAUCGCAAUGAAACUCUCGCAAAACAGAUUUACGGAGAAAUACCCUGCUAACUCUUUUAUCCACCCCUACGACUUUUUCCCAUUCGAUAGAAGAUUUGAAGAACAACGAAAGGAAGAUGGGAUGCAACAACUCAUCGAAAAUGUCGUUAGCCUCCCUCAAGCAAAAUUGUUCUUGUCGCAGACGCUGUUGACAAAGAAAGAAGUCCAAGAAGACCACGUCGGAAGCAACGCGAUACUUGAUAGUCUAGCUCCUGGAGUUUAUUCACGGUUCCAACUCCUCAUGGAGCGUACCGACUUGUCUAAACUCGGACUUUACUUCGACAAAGACACAACUCUUAGUUUGUUACGUUGA